AGACAAUCGUGCUGACGAAGGAAAGUAGAAUACGCGAAUUAAUCAGGAAAAAAUAAAAUAUGCGAGGCAUCGUGUCAAUCACGUCUAUGUAGAGAUUGAAAAACAAGAAUAAAGGAGCAAGUACGAAUAUACUACAUUGGGUUAGGUGGGGAUGUAUUUGGUAGAGAGGAGAAGAGUGACGAAAGCAUUUGUUACUUUCGCGCGGAAUAGCGACGUGAUAAAUUAUAAAACAUGGCUACGAUCGUGAAGAAAAACAUGACUGGUUGAAAAUGAAUGGAAAUUACGCUUGUUCAUAGCACAUUCGUAAAUCAGCACCAUAUCCGUACGCCAAACUCAUUCGGAGGACUAGAUUGUCGCGAAAAUAGAAAAAAAAAAUAAGUGAUUUACGAUGGAGGAAAGUGUCGAGAGUGACAUAGAAUCGAUGGAAUCCUCCACUGAAAGCAUCAGCUUCCAAUAUCAAAGGCCUAUUAGCAAUGAAAAAUUUUUGCCAUACGCUGAUGUCUUGGAUCGUGAGUCUGAUAUUUUACUUGCUGACAUAAAGGGACAAUUGGGACGAGCUAUCAUGCUCCGCCAACUUCAUCCUGAGUGUGUUCUAUGGGUCGGAAAACUUCGCAGAUUCAUGAGUAUUUAUGGAUACAAGUUCAGCAAAGAAGAUCACAUAGUGUUGGUCAAGUUAAUGUACGAAUUGGUGACUAUGCCCGAUCUCGAUCUACUUUUUAUCAAUACCUUUGGCAACAUGUUCAACAAAUUAUUGCAAAAACCAGAUUUGAUUUCGCCCGAAGAGAUGGAACUGCCGUGGAAACCUUUGUACGGAAUUGUUAAGAAGAUCAUGUUCACCAGCCAGUCUAAAGAAGGAUUACAGCGUUUUCCUUUCAUCAGCCAAAUUUUACAGACAGCUGUUCUUCGAGCAAAAAUUCAUUUUCCAGUCACAGCAACCCAAGAAAUUCUGGAUGAAUUUCGACCCAGAAUCUGUCCGCUCGAUCUCAAAUCAAUGGCAAAAACAAUCGAGAUGCUUCAGUGGUUUUUGCCAGUCAGUUUAUUUCCGAAGGAUCAUCACUUGGGUUAUAAAUUAUGGUUCGAUGAAUUGAUGUCACUUUGGAAGGCUUGUCAUAACGCCCCCACGUGGGAAGACAACAUGAUGUGGCUUGUGGCAAGAUUGGCUUCUCACAAUAUUGGAUACAUCGAUUGGGAGCCUCAUAUACCAAUGAUGUAUACCAGAUUUGUUCGAUGCUUGAAUCUUCCGGUGUAUUACAAACAAAUCCAUGGUGGUAAAGUACACAAGUUCAAGACCCGUCCGAUGGCCAUUUGGAUCGUAUCCUCAUUGGGAAACGGUUCUAGUAGUCAAAUGUAUCUAGAAAAAUUGUUGAAAACGAUAGAAACAUAUUUUCAUCAAGCUAAUUGUGGGCCUUGGGUAAUGAAACUGAGAGAAGUACUCGAUAAUUUGGCCUAUUUUUUUAUAAUUCGUCUUCACAACGAACGCUUUGGGAAGAAGACGUGGGUUCAUCCAACCCCAGAUUCGCACAAAUUGACGGACGCUGAUAUUGACGCUUUCGUAAAAGCAGUUAUGCCGGUCGCGAUGACCGCGCUCUUCAGUAGAAUUGGCUUACUCGAUGCUUGCAAAGCGCUCCAACAUCUUGCGACUGUACGACCAAAUUUGGUAAUUCCAGAUGUUAUCGACAGAAUAUACAGCACUUUAGAUUCGUUGACAGAACCCCACAAAUUUACGGCAGCGAUGGCGGGGAUCGCAGCCGUUGCGAGACCGAUGGUUCAGGGAUCCAGAAACGUCAAUGAAGGUUACGCUUACGCCGAGGGUCCGUCGCACGUUCUUCCACUUCUUUUUUCCGUUCUUCCUGGAAUUGACGCAAACGACUCGGAAAAAUGCUUCACAACGUGUCGUUUGAUAUCAACAUUCGCAAUAUUACUGCCAUUCGUGGAUACAUCAAAAUGUACAGUUCCGAUGGACGAGGAUGAGAGGCUCGUGAGUGAGUCAACUUCGCGUUUCGAAGAUUUUGUGUUGCAGUUUUUCGAUCGUAUAUUUUCGUUGAUCGAUUCGAGUACACUAGAAUUUUUGGCUCACGAAAAUCGGGCAGCGCGAGACGGCAAGAGUAAAUUGGAGACGAUGUCGGAAGCUGCAAUCGCGAGUGUUUGCUCAGUGCUUCUUUCGCAAACGAGCGAAACGAUAUUUAAAUCGGCGUUGCACAAAUUGCGCCAAUUCGUGACUGAGAGAAUUCUCGAAACGACCGUGUCUGGUCAAAUAGCUGCGGCCGUUUGUCGUGAAUUCGCCAAAGUAAAUGGAACCGAAACCCUUCGAGCUCUUGUUCCAACACUCUCGGAAAUCAUCAUCGAAAUGAUCGGCGAUGGUGAUGAAGUUAUCAAGGAAGAGAAUUUGGAUCACCGAUUAUUGCACGCGAUGCUUUUACUUUCAGCGGCAAUCGACACUCAAGGAAAUAACCUUGUGCCUUAUAUUGACACCCUUACUAACGUUCUCGAUAAAAUUCUCCAUCUCAAAUCUCGCGAAGGUAGCCAGAUAGCCUGUCGCAUCCUCGAACAUCUUUUUUGCUCUUUGUCGAAAGUAUCUUCAACCAAGUUCACGAAUAACGGACGCGAUUACAACGAUCCCGAAUACCCGUAUUUCAGAGAAUGGGGAAUGGGCUCUGAUAUUUCUAACUUCAAGAUCGAAUGGUAUGUUCCUGGGACCAAAGAAAUCGCUAUUUUGCAAGCACUUUUCUCAAGAUACGUGCCUCCGGAAAUUUCAAAAAUUCAACAAUAUAGCGCUCAACAAAUUUCGCUUACGAGGGAUGAACUACUGAUGAGCCUGAAUAUAAUCUGCAAUGCACUUGGAGGAUCAGAAAUGUUGUAUCCUAUUUAUGGAGACACACCGAGUGAUCUUGAUCCAGGAAUCUUGGCACGGACAUCAUUUUUACCGACAUUAGGUGUCAAAGGUGAAAUUCGGAUGCCCGAUGGUAGUAACGUUUACGAAUGCAUCUGCAGAACGAUGAUCGAUUUACAGGAAAUGAUGCUUAAUAAUUUUGAGGAUGAUACAAAAAGCUUGUUUGCUAUAGUGCGCAUUUGGAGUACUUUCUUAUUAGGAAAAUAUCGAACGCACGAUCACUUCGGACGUCAUUGUAAGAAUUUUAAACUAAACAAGAGUUUUAUAAAAGACAAACUCGUACAGAAGAAAGGACAAAUGGGCGGUAGUUGGUUACGCGGAGGCAUCGGACUCCAUCACGAGCAUCGAGCGCAAAUGAGCUGUCACCGUUUCACUGAAGCUCACAAGACCAUGACUCUCGAAUUAUUCAAACUGGCCACCAGCCGAUACGCCGACGUUCGGAUUAAAGCUCAGGACGUUCUGACUAAGACCUUCAACUGUUUUCCAUUUUCGUACACCGUCCUCACUACCAAAAUGCUGGAAAUUCUAUCCAUCGAUCCCGAGGAAAAUCACGAAGCUUACAAGGGGCUGUUGUAUCUUCUCUUAAAUAUUCGAUCGGGACUGAUAGCGGUGCGCUAUUGGGGAAUUGUGCGAACCCUGUGGCCGGCGAUAAUAUCGUCGAAAUCAUCGGAGAAAUUGUCGGUGAUUCGUUUGAAGGAAAAUCUCGUUCAAACGGUGAACGCAAAUUUCGGAACAAUUGCAAUCCGGUACGAAGUGCCGGACAGUUGCGUCAGUUUAGGUCAAUCAUUGUGGCAAAAUUCACCGCAUCCAAAAGUGUCACAACCAAGUGCUGAAGAAAUACUUCGAGGCCGCGUGGCACUUGAAGAAGUUUGUAAAAGCAACGAGGAACUUUACGACGGAGUUCUGAACGAUUUGAUGCAUUCUAUUUUAGAGGGAAAUCUACACUGGCGUCAUCGUUCGAUGGCCAUGAGUUUUAUCAUGAAUUUGGCACACCCCAAACGAUCAUAUCCGGCCGAAGUUGUUCGUUAUUUUGUUAAUGCACUCGUUCACGAGUCACUCGAGGAACGGAAAAUUGCUAAUGAAACUGUUGUUUACAUGUUGACGCAACAGAAGCGGAAACAUGUCAAGGUCGAGGCAGAUUUGGAGAAGCUUCAGAGCCAAAGACAUCCUCUGGUGAGCCCGGAUGCAGAGUGGUAUCCCGGUGUGCGUUCGGAUAAUAUUUGGCUUCAAUAUAAUUACGAGACGCGUCCGUUAAGCGCAGAGCAAUGGGAAGAGGGAAGAUACGUGCAUCAAGGAUACACGGGGUAUUACACGUGGCCAAAAAAACUCGAAAUAUAUGCGCCAACUAGUGAACAACCAAGUCUGGAUCCGGGGGUUCGGGUGUUGAACGAUCAAGAGCGUGAGAUCGAUCGUUUUUUCUCGAACGCUCGAAACGUGGAGAAACUUAUAAAGUACAACAGUCUGGAGGAACGCAAGGGACAGGACAAAUUUAGAAUGAUAAGAGCUCGACUGUUCAAGGGGCUUUUCCGAAAUCACGGAAUCGUUCACAUGAAAAUAUUUUUGCCGCAUCUGGAACAUUUAGUGGCGGAUAGUCACGAGAGCAGUCAGCGUUGUGCGGCGGAAAUAAUAGCAGGUCUCAUAAGAGGCACGAAACAUUGGCCUUUUGAGAUGGUCAGCGAAAUGUGGAGUCAAUUGACGCCGGUUAUCCGAACGGCACUGAACAAUUUAACAGUUGAAACUGUGCCUGAUUGGGGAAUGUGCUUCUGUACGGCGCAAGAGCGACGAGAUCCAAACCGGCAGCACUGGCUGUUGGAGUGUUUGAUGGAGGAGCCGCCGCUUGGGGAUUCGACGACUUCGUCCGUCGAGUGUGGUCGAUUGCACGUUUUGCAGACUGUUUUGGGACAGCAAUCGUGGCGAGUCGUUGAAUUACUAAACCGUUUGGUGGCGCGUAUCGAAAAAAGGUUACUAACCAAUCCGUUUCAAAAUUUGCGGGGACGUUUGGGAUUCGUUCUGUCAACUAUUUACGCUCAUGAGCUCCGGUUUCCCGGAUCUGCGAACGAUCGUCUAUCUCCCAAAGCUCACCAACUGCUAGAAAGGAUAAUGCCUACCAUGCGAACUCUCGAGGAAAGUACCUCCAACGCUGUUGAAUCUUCUUCAAACAGCAACGAAAAUCUUGUCUUGUCAAGAGUUGCUCAAGUUAAUCUUGACGCAGGGACGUCCACGAAUACCAUCGAGUCAACUAACAACGAACAAACCAUCAGGCUCUUCAAAACUACCUGUAAAUGGGUCAUGGCCAGCGCUUGUCGCUUGCUUUAUGGCUCGCUCCCGGAAUUCUUUGAAAUAUUGCCGAUCGCCUGUUACCUUGAAAACUCCGAGGCUGACGAGGAGUUGAGUAAUUCAUGUUCCGCCACUUUGGCCGUUUUAGCUCAAGCGCUUACACCCUCCCGUGACAUGGACGUUGCUCUUGAAACUGUUGAACGUAUUUCACGCAGCGUUUCUUGGUCCGCGCGAGCUGCUGGUCUCAGUUUUUUGGAAAACUUCGUUUUUUACAACAUGGGCACUAUCCUCAGUCGAACUGCUUGGGUCAACACUGUACGCGUCGUCGUUCUCCAAUUGCUCGAGGACGAACGUCUCGAAGUUCGUGAAAAAGCUGCUCAAGUACUUUGCGGAUUGUUGCAUUGUUCUCUCAUCGAGGAACAGACAAAUUUACUCGAUGAAUUCAAGUCAAAGUCGAAAAGAAGAAUUAAAAAACGCGACGAUAUUCGACUCCGACAUGCCGGUGUUCUGGGUCUUUGUGCUUUUAUACGAGCGCAUCCUUACGACGUUCCACCAUACGUGCCCUCUGUCUUCGAACAUUUAGGGAUCCACCUCAACGAUCCCCAACCUAUACCGACAACGAUAAGAAAAACUCUGGGUGACUUCAAACGGACCCAUUACGAUGGAUGGGCAGUUCAUUCUUUACGCUUUACAGAAGAGCAAUUAGGACUUCUACAGGAUCUGACGGUUCCGCCUUCUUACUACGCUUAGUGCAAUAAGAGAAAAAAAAAUGAAAUGAUAAGCGAAAAAGACAUGGGGACGAAAAAGACGUGCAAGAUUAUUGUUGAAAUUGGAAACAGAGGUUUUUUAUACCUAGCAGGUUUAUUGUGGGAAACGGACGAGUUAAAUAUAUCGUGUAAGAUUGCAAAUAAUUGAUAAUAAGAUUAUAAACCCCUGGACGAAAGGAUUCAUAGCAUAUACACAGGAUAUUCAUGGCAAAUGGGUUAUGACAAUUUUAUCGUCAAUAUUUAACAACAAAUAAAUUCGAAGACAGAUAUAUAUACAAAAAUAUUGAUUACGCAGAUAAAUAAGAUUGUAAGAGACUCGCUUUCAGAUUUUUGACGAAAUUUAUUCAUGCUCUGUUUUAUGUACACUAAGUUCAGGGUGCACGAGAAUAACAUUUUUUGUAAACUUUUUCAGCAACUAGAGCUCUUUAUGCCUGUUGAAAUCCCUGAAAUAAACAGAUGAGAAAACAGUUGUAUAUCAAGUAUUUGAGAACAAAUAUUUACGAUAAAAGAAACGGAGAUCUUGUUCCUUACAUUUAUUGAAUUAUUAUGUUGAUUAGUUUCGAUUCGAGCUUUAAACUCCUGAGGCAUGAGAAUUUUAGUAAAGAAAUAUGUAAAUAACAAAGUCAAUUUUUUGAAGAAUUGUAUUGAAACAAAUAUUUAGCGAUGUUCACUUUUAUUGUUUUAGAUCGCAACCAAACUAAACGUUUUUUCCUGUAUUUCAUUUUGUUGUAUUCAACUAAAACCGCUGUAUAUUGCACUCGAACAAAAAAAAAACGAAUAAGAUUUUAUGAAAAAUUAAUGCUGAGUGAUUAAUGAUAACUGCUUCAAAUUUAUAGUGCAUAUAUAGAAAAUUGAAGUUUCCAAGAUUUUAUUUACAAUUUUUUGAAUAUUCGUCCAAAAUUUUUUCCAGUUGCGAAAUUCCGACAUCCCAGUUUACUCAAAUUUUGAGCAUUCAUACACGCAAAUCAAUAAGGAACACAAUAGCCAGCAGAGAAGGCUGUCAAUGUACUUGUCCCAAGACUACCGAUUCUCUUGAUCAUUGAUGAGAAUGCAAUCUACUUUGAUAUUGGAAUAUAAAACUGUUAUUAGGUUCAGAGGUUAUUAGAUAUUUUACUUUUUUGCGAAAAUACACCGCUUUUAUAUCA